CGCGGGGCGGGGGCAAUAGUUAGACCACCGUGGUGCCAGCCCCGACUCGAAAAAAUAGGGAGUGGGGUGUCUCGCUUUCUUUACCAUCUGUGGGCAUUAUCCGUCUGCACACUUCCAUCUUCUCUGCUGCAAGUGAAGGGGCGUGUGCGUGCAUGCAGGAGUGAAAUAUCAAUGGCCAGCUUGAAACUUAUUAAUACACUUGAGAUGAAGGAACUACCGAGAACGAAGAAACUAAUAUGAGUUAAAACGUCAAAUAUCAAACGAAUGGGCUGCUAAGAAACUCCAGUGGUGACUGAGUUUGUAUCUGAGACCCCAGGCCAUCACAAGACUUGUUGAGCAGGUCAGGAUGCCCAUUCCUCCCCCUCCACCCCCUGGAGGCCCCCCUCCACCCCCCACCCUCAGCCAGGCCAACACCACCCCACCUAAGCUCAACCGAGAUGAGGCCAAAGGCAGAGGAGCCCUGCUCGGGGACAUCCACAAAGGGGCCAAGCUGAAGAAGGUCGGCGUGGUAAAUGACAGGAGCGCGCCCAUCUUAGAAAAUCCUAAAGGAGAUGGCGUUAGUAAUGUAGGCGGAGGAGGCUCGUCAGGGGUCAUUCAGCCGAUGGGAGGUCUUUUCCAGGCAGGUGUGCCUAAAUUGAGACCAGUCGGAGAUGGUUCGGUUGGCAGGUCAGCCCUGACGCCUCCUGGCACUCGCCCCGCUGCUCCUCGUCCCCCCGGACCCGCUGUUCGCCAGGACAACACAGACUGCUCAGCCCAACAGGCCUCUCCCCCGGAGCACUCCCGAUCCCAGAGGCCCUCCCUCCCUGACCUCUCCCGCCCCCUCAGCGGAGGCAGCCCUAACAGUGGCAUGAAGCACAGCUCCUCCGCCCCUCCACCUCCUCCCCCUUUCUCUCGCCGGGGCAACGCACCCCCUGCCCCAACUCAGAAGGCGCCACCACCCGCCCCCUCCUACAACCGGGAGAAGCCCCUCCCUCCCACGCCAGGACAGAGGGGGACAUCCCCGGUGCCGGCCCGCAACAGCGCCCCUCCUCCACCCCCUUCUCCCAACAACAACCGCCGGCCCCUGACGUCAGGGGGCUCCUCUGCAUCCUCCUCUUCCUCCUCUCUGGGUCCACCUCCUCCCCCGUACCGCCAGCCCAUGACCAACGGCCCCUCCAGCCCGGUUAACGAAGCCGCCCCGGAGCUACCUCAGAGACACAACUCCCUCAGCAAGAAGCCGUCGCCCGGACCUGGACACACUCCAACUCGUGGGCAAGCACCACCCCCGCCUCCCUCCCCCUCCCCGCCAGGCGGACGCCCACCCCCUCCAGUCCGUGAGCCCCCCGGUAGAGGAGCAGCUCCACCCCCGCCUGGGUCGAGUCAACGAAACGGUGGUCGGGAUGCCCCCCCUCCACCACCCCCCUACAGAGGUAGCCCUUCAGAGCCUUAUAGCCGUGGCAAGCCCCCCCCUCCUCCCUCCCGUACCCCUGCCGCACCCCCGCCCCCUCCCCCACCUAUCCGCAAUGGACACACCUCCAUUUCCCGCUCCUUCGUAGAUGACUUUGAGUCCAAGUAUUCUUUCCACCCUCUGGAUGACUUCCCUGCUCCAGAGGAGUACCGGCACUUCACCAAGAUCUACCCCAGCAAAGCCAACAGAGUGAUGAGGGGAGCUCCUCCUGCACCACCUGUGGGAAGGUGAACACUGAGACUCCGUCACUUCUAGUGUACAGGAGACAAGGGUUACACACACACACACACACACACACAACUUUCUCACAUGGAACCUACAGCAUAUAACAUGUACAUGCUUCUCAUUUGACAACAUUUCACUUAAGCUCCACAACCAUUCACUCACACGCUCGCCCUUGAAAAUAGCCCAGGAAUUGUUUUCUAUGGCAGUCUCACUCCAUUUGAAGGUGGAGUUUGGCAGCUUACUUAUGCCAUUCCCAGCCUGUGUCCGCGUGGGUGAACUUUCCCUGUUUAAUCACAAAGGCAUACUUACCCAUUCAUAGUGUUUCCAGGCUCGUGUGUGGAUGGGGAACACUAUGACACCGUUAUGAUAGACAUUCAUAUCCUUACCACACGGGCUCCAUGUCACAGAGUAUGCACUGUGAGAGCCCACAUCACCAUCAAACGGGAGAACACCAGUCAGAAGAAACCAGUGACUGGUCCUAACAGCCUGGUCCUAACGGCGGUGACUCUACAGCCUGGUCCUAACGGCGGUGACUCUACAGCCUGGUCCUAAGUGUCUAAAGGUGAGUGACUUUUGGGGACCACUGCACCUCUUGCCGAUGGAGGGAACUGCAACUGUUUGAAAGUUCCCUCAGGUAUACGGUUUGUGGAACAGAGAACUGGAGAAGAUAAGAGGUUCUUUCCAAAAGUGCCAACUCAGUCCGAACUGAACUCGGAACAGCUCAUAUCCCCCCUCCUGUCUCCCUGCUGCAAGGCUUGUCAUGGGGUUCUCUUAUGACUGGUUGGAAUGAUGGACUGACAAAAGCAAUAGUUCCAUAUGUUCUCGGUGAUGGUUGGCAGUAAUCAACACCUGUGACAAUCGUUGGUUUGUGGAAAAAGUCAUCCUGUUGAGAAUGAUAGUGCACAUGUAUGGGAUCUUGCAGCAAGGAAGCUCUCCCUCCCUUCCUCUGUGCAGAAAAAGACUAACCAGAUAGACGCAUGUUGUUUUUCAUUUUUCAGAGUGUCUUGUCUUGACAAAAUGCACAAAGGUGGGCUUGUUAGUUGUCCUAAAUGCAAAGCAGAAGCUUAUUAUGCCUUUAAACACUAGUCUGGGUUGCUGAACUAACUCAACACUACAACCCCACUAGCUCCCUAGCCGGGGCGGCAGGGCAGCCUAGUGGUUAGAGCGUUACUAGUCCAAACCCCCGAGCUGACAAGGUACAAAUCUGUCGUUCUGCCCCUGAACAGGCCGUUAACCCACUGUUCCUAGGCCGUCAUUGAAAAUAAGAAUUUGUUCUUAACUGACUUGCCUAGUUAAAUAAAGGUAAAAUAAAGCUUAAAAUGACAGAGCUUUUCAAAUGCAUUGGAUGCUGCACCAUUACAUUGACACUAAAAUACUUAAAAAGUUUAUUGUUCAAAAUUGAUGGGGGAUUAUGUUGUGGGGUAAGUAAAUGGAAGCUUUCAAAUACAAACCUUAUCCUGCUGAUUUCACAUGUUGAUACCCACAAUAGCCACUUGGUGGCAGUAUUUUGUUUUUCCCAUAAGGAGACGUGGGAGUUACAUGGUUGUGAGGCUGUACCCCCUUCAACUUGUAAUUUAAAAACAAAAAGCAGUUGUGUAUUAUGGAUUUCGCCAAUGUUGAGCGAGAGGGCAGUGCAGACCUGUGUCUGUGUACCAAUUUUGAGCUCUUCUGCUGAGGGUUGAAUGGACAACCUAGUGAUUUAACAGCCAGGUUCUUCAUCUCAGGCAUAGUUGUCUACAUUGUCUUUUUGAAAGAAAAAAUACAAAUCGACUUGAUUUCCAGAAUAACAUUUAUGUAAUGUAGUCCAUACAUUUUUCUUUGCUUAAUGCACUUGACCACAAGCCUGAAACAAAUGCACAUUGUUACCCAAGGGCGUGAACCUUUAAGGCUGGUACUUGUGAUUGGUUCCUAUUGUUUGUUUUGUCGGGUUAGUCUUAUUCCUCAUUGUGACAGAACCCCCCUUAAACUGUCACUCGCUAUUCUCUCUUUAUUUCAACCCUUUGCUGGUCUUUUGCCUUAUCAUACGCAUUCACUGUAAGUCAAUUCAGGAUGUGUUAAAAAAAAAAAGCUAAACUAAUCAUUAAGUGUAUACACCUCAUAUGGGUAAAACGGUAGUCAUAGCAAUUCUACAUGUUAAUAUGUAUAAAGCUUGUAAUAUAGUGAAUAAAACUGGGAUAGAUGACGGCAGGCUUUUGUCAGAAACCAGUGACGAACUGUUAGUAUUUCCAUAUGUCUUUCUCUUGCCUUCUGUCGUUAUUUAGAUAUUCCCUCUCUGUGUCAGAGGGCCUGUGUGGCCAUUUCAACAGGAGCAGUAUGCACUCACAUUGAGAGAACCUCCUUGUUCGUGUCUUCUUCUCGUCCCUCCAGUUCAUACUUGGUUUAAUCCAGGCCCUGGUUCCUUCUGUACAUUUCACCCUUCUGCGUCAGACAUGUUGUACCAAUUUAAAAUGUCACUGAUGGAAACAAGUAAACUUUUCCUGUCUCUGUCUA